AUGUCUGUAAGGCUAGCCAUCUUAGUGGUCGUCUGUCUGACGAUAAGGGUGGAUUCAUCACAGGAAGUCAUGAAGCAGAUGUCUAUCAACUUUGGCAAGCCCUUGGAAGCUUGUCGGAAAGAGAUGGAUAUCCCCGAAACGGUGAUGCAAGAUUUCUACAACUUCUGGAAGGAAGGUUAUGAACUAAAAAACCGAGACAUGGGUUGUGCCAUUCUAUGUGUUACCGCUAAACUGGAACUGCUGGACAGUGAUCUGAACCUCCACCGUGGCAACGCUCAAGAUUUUGCCAGGAAACAUGGAGCUGAUGAUGCAAUGGCAAAGCAAUUGGUAGACAUCAUUCACAACUGUGCUGCGACCAGUCCUGAGGCCCCAGAUGACCCUUGUCAGAAGACCCUAAACACAGCUAUUUGCUUCAAGGCGGAGAUACACAAGCUCAACUGGGCACCUAGCAUUGAUCUCGUCGUUGGAGAAAUGUUAGCUGAAGCUUAG